AUGGGGCACAUGCCUCCUUGGGGUGUCCAUCUCAAUGUGCGUGGCCCGCUCGCACUCCUGUCCAAGGAGUAGCAUGCCUGGGCCCCAAGGCUGCCGGGGUUCCCCCUGACCCCCCAGGUCUAUCCCGCAGAGCAGGACACCAUGCACACCUAGGGAAACUUUCUGCCUCCUCAAUGGAUGGAUGAGCCAAGCGGUUCCUCCCUUCCUGGAUUACUUGAGCUUCAUUCUGCUGGAAGAGAAAAGCUGGAGCCCGGGAAUGGUCAUCGGCUUGGGGAGCACGCAGGAGGAGUUCGGCUUUGACACCUGACAGCUCUGAAACUGGGUCCUGCCACAGCUGCACAGAAGAGCCCACAGUCUCUGUGCACACGUGCACGCAGAGGAUAUUUAUUUAUUUAUUUAUUUAAUUUAUAUGCAUCCUGCCAUCUUUCUUACAUUAUUUAUUGUGAAGGUUGUUGCCCGCCCAACGAGUUCUCCGGAGAAAAGGGAAAAUUUUGAAAUUCCCUUGUGGAGACUGUGUGUGAUGAGGAGGAAGAGAAGGAGAAUAACCAGGGGCUUGCUGUGAGCCAGAGACCCUCCCUUUAAAGUAGAGCAGUUUUGCUUUGACGUACUGCCUGGGUCAGUGUGUCCUCGUGACAUACCGUAUCUCUGAAGCAUCCAUCUGUCUGUCCACCCCUCUUCUGCGAAGAUGAUGCUCAAUUCAGACCAGACAGAGAUCGACCUGCCCCCGACACACUCCGAGUCCGAAUCUGUCUUCAGCGACUGUGGCGGCGGCCGCGCAGGCAGCGCGGAGGAUGCCAGUGGCGUUGGCUUGUGCGCUCAGUCCCGGAUAGCUGAGCCGGGUGAGGCUGUGAAGAAAGACCUGCAGCACCUGAGUCGGGAAGAGCGUAGACGCCGGCGGCGUGCCACGGCCAAAUACCGGACAGCCCAUGCCACACGGGAGCGCAUCCGCGUUGAAGCCUUCAACAUGGCCUUUGCUGAGCUGCGGAAGCUGCUGCCCACCCUGCCACCGGACAAGAAGCUCUCCAAGAUUGAGAUUCUCCGCCUGGCCAUCUGCUACAUCUCCUACCUGAACCAUGUGCUGGAUGUCUGAGCCGCCCAACCUGCGUCCGUCUGUCUGUCUGCCAGCCACAUCUCCUACUGAACCAUGUGCUGGGCAUCUGAGCCAAAAGCUCAAGUCCGUCUGUCCAUCUACGACCUGAACCACAUGUUGGGCAUCCAAAAUGCUGUGCCUGUGUUCAUCCAUCUGUUCAAAUGGACCAAGUCCCCAGCUGUCUGCUCUACCCCCUAUCUGAACUAUGUUCUGUAUUUCCCCAUCACCAAGCCCACAUCCGUCUGUCUUUCCAUCCUGCCUGAGACAGGCUGGAUGUUUGGUCCAUCAGCCAUCUGUCCGUCCUGCUGGAUCUGCUGCCUGAAGCCUGUGCUGGCCGUGUACGCUCCCAAAUUCUGUCCAUCCUUCUGCUGCGCAUCCCACUGAUACUGCCUAAGGGAUCCUGAGCCUGCAUCCAUCAGUCUGUCUGCCACGUCCCCUCGCUGACCCAUAGCAGGAGCCACUGAGCCCAAGUCUGUGUGUGUCACCUCUUUUAUACAAGCCACAAAAAAAUGGACCUGUGAAACACUGCAGCGCCAAGCAGCACUGCACUCUUGUCCAUCUGUCUGCCUCCGCCUUCUGCCACCGGCCGCCCCACCAGCACAGCCAGUCUGGGCAUUUUGUCUGUUUGCUGCUGUUCUGCCCCUGGCAUUGUGCUGGUCACUUAAAGGCCCACGUCAGGACUAUCUUCUCCGCAGAGGGAGCACAGCCCAGGAGCAUCCAUCCUUGGGCACAGAGCAGCUCUUCUGUGUUUGCCCAGGCUUUUCACACCCCAAAAAGAAGAAUAAAGUGUGGUGCAGACCUGGCAGGACCUGGCCACGCUUUCCACAGAUGACAGCAGCUCAUUCCCCUCGAGAUGGAGCAGAGAAGUGUGCUCACUCAGUGCUGCCUGCAAGGUGCCUGGAGCCUGGGCCAGGCUGGAGCAGCACCUGGGGUCUCUCCAAGCCCCUCCAUCACACAUCUGGUCUCCCUGAAGCUCAGCACUCUGCUCCCCAGACCUGUGCAUCCCAGGCUUUGCUGCCCGACCCUCCUUUGCACUAGUGCAUGACGAGUGUGAAGCCCCCCUGGCCUGGCCCAUUGCACCUACAGACACAACAACCCCAGAGCACCAGACCUCCCCAUGCAGCACUUCAUCCCUCCUCCCCACUAUUCCUCUGUCUCCCCUUCAGUGCUCCUGGUGAAAAAGGCCUGAGUGGGUCACAAGCGUGGCACAUGCCCCAGAACAAGUGGACACCGGUGCUCAGCUCCCCCUCCUCUGCAGUGCAACUGGUGCUGCUGGGGCUCAUGUGCAAAGAGGCUUACCCUCAGGGUGCCAGAGGCCCUCCGAUUUACACCAGUAUGGCACUGGUGCAGCAUGACCUUUCACAGCACGCGCUCUGCUGGGGUAAACUGCACUUUACCUGCAGCUUGCAGGGCAGUGGGUUUGGAAAGGGGAGGAAGCAGGAACAGCCCCUUUGCCCAGUUUCCAGCAGCUGGGGCUCUCCCUGGCCCUCCCUAACAUGGAUCAGCACUUUGGGAGAGGGAGGGGAGUGGGAAGGGAAAGCAGAGCUGAGCAGCCUUUUCUCCAGCAAGAGCACGCUGAGGCUGGGGAAAGCUCGUUGCAAGAGUGAAUGUUUUGCCUUGUUUUAUGGGUGUGUGUUUGUUUUAAGAGUUAAUUUUGCACUGGCAGUGGCAAGAGCACAGGCAGAGCCUGGGCAGGGGACCAGGACCUCGCAGAAACCACUGGCUGUGCUUAGAGCCAACGCUCCGGGCCAGGAACAGAGCCACAGCCUGGCCCACGGGGAAGGGGUUGGGGCUGCUCCUCAUUGAGGGGAGACGGGCAGUGGUCCAGCCCACAGGGUAGGUGCUGGGGGAGAUGGACUUGGUGUGCCAGAGAUGAAACAGUCAUGGUGAGAGGGUCAGUGCCAUGUCCUGCAAACACCAGCAAACCCCCAGAGCUGGAGCAGAGGGUCCCAGCAGCACUGCCCUGCAGGGUCCCACCCUCUGCUUUUUCCCCUCCCAAGGUGUUGGCCACUGCCCGUGCCAGGUGUCCGAGCCCUGGGAGCCCCAGGUGGGCUUCCUGGGACCUUGCAAACCUCCUGGCUCCAUCCCACCCCUGUCUCUACUGCCAGCUCCCAGCGAUGCCUCGCUCCAUACCUCAUUUCCACCCCUCUCCCCAUAAAAGCAGGGAGAAUGAUCGCUACCUCUGUCUCGCAAGGACUCGCCAGUGAAUGUGGGAUCCCCAAGGGCCAGAGCAGUGGACCCCGCAGCCGGCUCCCCCGUCACUGCACUGCUCAGCAGAGCAGCGGCAGAGCAAAACAGAGCAGGGCAGCCCACCCUUCCCCUCCACUCACCAGCCAUGUCUCUGUGCCACAAGGAUAUUUAUUGAAUUAAUUUAUUGAUAAAUGUUAUUAUUUAUUGCUGUGUUGUGCACUUUUGGGAAAGGAAAACUAGAAAACAAACAAACAAAAAAAUAAUAACCACAGCAGAAAACCAACCAACCCACCCUUGUACACAGUGUGCCCUAGCGUGUGUUUGUCUUGGCUGUUCAGACUGUGCAAGGAUUUAUUAUUUAUGAGUUCACAAGGAAGUUGGGGAAGGGGAAAUGAAUUAAACUGCCAGCAAAAGAGAGAUCUUGAACUUGGAGUGCCCGGCUUCCCUUUUUCUUUCUUUCUUUUUUUUUUAAUCUUGUUUUUAACCAUCUCUUCCUCGUGCUGUUUGGCAGUGGUGGUGGAUUCCCCAUGCAGUAGUUGAUGGCUGCGGCUGUGCCUGUGAAAGGAGGCAGGGGGAGGGAGGCCAUCACCCACUGCUCCGGCCAAGGGACCAGGAUGUCUCCUCUUGGCACUCAAAGAAUCCUACCAGCACCAGCCAGGCUCGGGCUUGCUCAGAACCAGGGUGCACACCGUGUCUUUGGCUUUCCCCAGGUCUGCAGUCGCCGUUUGAGCCCAGCUUGGGUUUGCUGGGACAAGCAGACCCCAAAUGGCCCAGUCCCUCUGGUGACAGCAGAGGGAUGAGGACAUCUGGUUCAGACAUCAGCAUCUCCAAACACACCCAGUAAACCACCUUCUCUCUCCUGUGUACCCCUGGGAAAUCAGCGCAGCCCUGGCUCCAAAGUCACCCAUCACUUGACCAUGAACCUCUGCCUGGCAGAGCCCCCAGGAUCCCCUUCUCCAUGUCCCCCAGCCCUCUCCCCUGUGAGCCCCUGGCACUCUCCCCACUUCCUCGGCCCACCCCGAGCUACGUGGGGAAGCAAGUUUGCAGCUUGUCUCCUUUGUCUGCACCGAGCCCGUGUGUCCCUAGGGGCAGGUUGCAGCUGUUCGCCGACUUGCUCCAAAUUUCUUCAUAUAAUCAAUUGGCCUCGGCUGCAGCUCGGCUCAGCAGAGAUGCG